CCUUUUCCAUUGUGCAUUUGGACAACAAACCAUAUCCAACCUAGCCUUGUUCAGCCAUGGUGUUAGCAGAAGCUGUGGCUGGAGCUGCAGCAGGAGCUCACGCGCUAUGGGAGUACAAUCGAGACAAUUUCCUCUACGACCGCAAGAUGCGUCAAGAGACCGAGCUGAAGAUCUUGGAAUGGCGUGCUUCACAGUCUGAGUUGUGGAGAGACGAUGUCCGAGACAUCAUCGGCCUGACUCAACGGAAGAUGGAUAGUUAUUUGAUUGUGUCCACCCUUCUGCUGGGAAUGUGUCUCGGCCUCUACACUGAAGGGCGCCUGCAGCCCGGCACCCCGCCCUUCCUGAUCCAUUACUACAUGCUGACCCUUUCUGCAGCCUUUAUGUAUUUGCUCAUGUCUGUGUGGCUGGCAGUUCAUGCUUCCAUUGUCGCCCAGUGCUCGGCUGUGCGGCUUCUCACGCAGUUUGUGCGGCUUCCGAUUCCCACCUGGCAGGCUCUUCAGAACAUGCGAACCUUUGCGUGUAACUAUGAGAAGUUGGAUGCCAAGGACAUGCUGCGAGUUCCCUUCACCCGGAACCCCAGCACCAAGGACUCCACGUCGCCCACUGCGGCGCCGCAUCGGUCCGGACGAGCCGGCGAUGUGUCGUCCUGGUCUGCAGGGAAUUUCGGGCCCAUUGACCCCUGGAGAUUGGAGGAAAACGUGGAGGAUAGGGAUUUAUAUGAGCUGCAGCAGAUGCCGGCUCUCCGCCGGCGGCAUGUGCAAUUGGCGAGGCGUGCUGCCCGACAGUUUCAGAGCUAUGACUCAUUUGCGCGGGUGUCGAUGGCCUUUGGCACGCACCAGCUCAUGCAAGCCAUUUGCUACUAUUGCCUUGGCUACGUGGCGUUGCAAGAUGGCUCCCCUUGGGCUUCUGUUGGAGUUCUGAUUCUGAUGUGUGUGAUGACCAUUUCUUUGGUUCAGCUUGACUUUGAGAUGAGUCCCAAGGAGACAGCAUGGGCGCGAAUCUUGAUCGUCGCUGGACCUUUAUGUGCUGGUACAGCGACAUACACUUGGUCAGUGUUCGAAGUUCACGCGAGGCUGGUUCUUGCAUUCCUUCUUCCAUUGACCUAUGCUGCUCAUGGACUGUGGCUCUUUUUUGCCCUGGUCGCUUGUGGCCUGGAAAUGCAGCCCAAGACAGGAGUGAUCCUGCCCCAAAAAUUUCGGGCAGUGCUCUACAUGGAUGUCUUCGGUGUGCUGAAACACCACAAAGGGCCCGGUGUUGCCCGGCCUUCCCGUCAAAGGUCGAGCGAUUCAAGCAUGAGAGAACAAAGUAGAAACCUUUGGGAGUUGAAGCGAGAAAUUCAAGCGAACAUGAAACUCUUCCAGUCUGAGUCAGUCAAAGGGGCCAUGGACGAUGUGGAUCGGCAUCGUGCAGACCGAUUAGUUGAUCGAGCCAGAAAAGCCACCAAGGAGAAGAUGACGGGAUCAAACAUUUCAGCAAUUUCAGCACCAUCUCUGGAUGAGGAGAACUUCGUGCUGAUGAAAGGGUACACAGAUUUUGGCACCGAAGUCGAAUACCUUUACAAUCCAAAGAGUGGAGAAGCAAGGCCAUUUGAGUCAGAGGAUAAGGAGGAGGAGCAGGCUGAUGUGAACGUGAAUGCAGGGGCACCGUCAACAGGGGCAAGUGGAGGGUCCAAGAGAAAUACAAAUGGACGUGGACAAAAGGUGCGCACCAUGACAGAAUUUGAUGCAAAAAUCGAAGAGUAUUGUGUGCAUCGAAAGCAAGAAAGGGCACCCCUUCUUCCACCUGAGGCGCUCCAGUCAACACCAAGUCGAAUCCUUCAUCACGCAAAGCAACAUGUGAUCACACCUGUGGUAACAGCAGUGAAUGCAGGAAUUCUUGAAGUCGAAGAUGAAUCUGAGGAGGAGGAAUUCAAUCUUGCCUCCUGCAGGGAAGGCUUGCAAAACCCUUCCGGAGAAAUGUCAAGCAAAGAUGCAGACUUUGGCCAUGCAAGCUUCAUGAAGGGCGACGAGGACAUUGUGAGCGGGCACGACAAGAUCGACUCCGGGAAGUAUCCCGCGCAAAUCUUCCGAACAGCCACCCUGCUGAUGGUCUUGCUGUGGGUCAUCGGCUUGGCGGUUCCCUUUGGCGUCUUUCGAGAGUUCCUGACCAAGCCUUUGAAGAUCGACCUCACGGUGGGGACCGAGAAGGGGGAAGAGGAAAUCGAGGCGGUGGUGGGCACCAGCCCGAAUGGUCUGCCGGAAUUGAUCCCGAUUUCCCGGCAUCGCAAGGACCUGCAUUCGUUGCUGAAGGGACGACGCGUUGAAGUGCAGUGGCCUUCAGUGGCUCUCAGACCUCGAACUUUGAGCUGCGAUCCAUCAGGAUCGUUGUUGGUCGUGGCAGAUGAUCUUGCAGUUUAUGCUGGUCGAGUUGAGGGUGUCGAUGACACCACGAAGGUGACCUUUGAUCAGGUGCCGCCAUGUGUUGCUUUGGAAGGCCAAGCAGUACAGGAUGUCAGUGUGGCCUGCGGGCAUGCAGGGACGGCUGGUGUGGCCAGUGAGGCUGAGUCUCAUUGCAGAGUGCUGGUUCUGCAUGCAAAGGGCCGCCUGCUGGCAGAGUGUCCACUGCAAGAAACAUUCAGAAGCUUUUCGGACUCAGCUAUUCAGACACGAGUUGCAGCCUUGCCUAGCUCAGAGCCAGAAGAGUGGCAGAUCCAAGACAAAUGGCUUCACCAUGCCAAGAGAGGAGAAGGCAUGGAACGCAUCAAGGCUCUCGCUGCCAAGAGCGAAUGCAUGAUGGGUGACUUCCGUGAGAUCGGCGUAGGUUGUGUGGUGGCUGGUACGUCGGAAGGCCGUGUGGUUGAGCUUCGUGAAAGCCACGUGAAGAUGCAUACCCUGGUGCCCGAACUUCCGCUGGAGCAGCGGAACAAGGCGCUUCGUGCGGGCUCACUGCACUUCUCAUCCAAGGGCUAUGUCAUGGUCCUGCGCCGUGAAACAAGCUCUGUCCAGGCCUUCGAUGCUGUUCAGGGAACCAACAAAGGAGAGUGGCGUUUGCCCACGGACAUUGAGUUGCAGCGCAUUGAAUGGUUGACUCUGAGUGGAGGAGGGGGACGACUCUUUGCUUUAGGUGUGCGAAACCGCCAGACGGAGCUUUAUGAGUUCCCCUUGCCUACAGAGCUCCAACGAGCCGCAGGCGACUUGGAGUGAAAUCGUAGCGGCAUCCCCGAGCGGCAGCGGCAGCGGCGGCGACAUCCGCUGCCGCGGUUCGACUCCAAGACUCAUGGAGCGCGUUGGACUCAUGGAGCGCUCGACUCAGUCUUCGACUCGUGUUUUUUUCUGGUCCAAUUCAUUCAGAGACCGUCCAUGUCGGCCAUGGCGGUUUUUUUGGCGUGCACCGAUAGUUUGUGGGUGUGAAGAUCCACAGUGUUGACCCAACCCUUGAAGGGCUAGUCACCACAGGUCAUGGUCCCAUCCAAAGGAUGUGACCGCGCCAGCGCCCAACAGCUGCAGAAA